CACUGAGCGAGUAACCCGGAAGUAGUCUCGUGUAAUGACACCAUGGCAGCAGCUGCUCUGAGGCACAGCAAGAUGGCGGAGCGUGUGUGUGAGAUUCACUAAGGGCCCUGCGGCUGUCAGAGGCGUUAGAACAAACCGGAGCAGAUUUGGGGGGGGGCACAGCGAGAAGAAGUAGCCCAGUGGUUUGAGCUGUUUCUGCCUGACAGUGUGGAAAACACAACAAGGACAGACAUGGAUGAUUUCACCUCAAUCAGCUUACUCUCACUGGCCAUGCUGGUAGGAUGUUACGUAUCAGGAAUCAUCCCGCUUGCAGUCAAUUUUUCAGAGGAAAAAUUAAAGCUGGUGACUGUCCUCGGCGCUGGUCUUCUGUGUGGGACUGCAUUAGCUGUCAUUGUCCCCGAAGGAGUCCAUGCUCUGUAUGAAGAAGCACUAGAAGCAAAACACCAUGAGAUGGGGGAAAUUCAUAAAGUGAAGGAUGCAGAGACAGGAGCAGAGGCCUCUGUGGCUCAUGAACACGAUCACUCUAACCUGCACGCUUACAUCGGGGUCUCACUUGUGCUUGGAUUUGUCUUCAUGCUACUUGUAGAUCAGAUUGGUUCCUCUCAUAUGCAUUCUGCAGAUGACCCAGAGGCAGCAAGAGCAGCCAGCUCCAAGAUUACAACAACCCUUGGCCUUGUUGUUCAUGCGGCAGCGGAUGGCGUUGCCCUGGGUGCUGCAGCUUCUACCUCACAGACUAGCGUACAGCUAAUUGUAUUUGUUGCCAUUAUGUUACACAAGGCUCCAGCAGCAUUCGGCCUUGUGUCUUUCCUCAUGCAUGCCGGGCUAGAGAGAAAUCGGAUUCGGAAACACUUGCUAGUUUUUGCCUUGGCUGCUCCUCUCUUAUCGAUGCUGACAUAUUUGGGACUGAGCAAGAGCAGUAAAGAGGCCCUCUCUGAGGUUAAUGCUACUGGAGUCGCAAUGCUUUUCUCAGCUGGGACAUUCCUGUAUGUAGCCACUGUCCAUGUACUUCCAGAAGUAGGAGGAAUGGGACAUAGCCACAAACCAGAUCUGGGUGCUGCAAAAGGACUGAGUCGGCUGGAAGUGUGCGCCUUGGUGUUAGGAUGCCUCAUACCUUUGGUUUUAUCUAUAGGACAUCAACACUGAGACAUGGAAAAUAAAAGACAGUGCCAGUGUGUUGAAAAGCUCUUAAUUUGACAGGGCAGAUUCCAGGAUAUUGAUAUUGUCUGUUGUGUAAUCAGAAAUGACUUUAGUGGAAUCAAAAAUUCCUGGUGGGUUUUAAUUUGUCUCGCGAUUUAGUGGCAGCCAGUAUGAAUCUGUAUAUACAUCCUGGUUUUUUUUUUUUUAAUUUCUCUAUUUUUCUGCUUUAUAGCUGUCAUGCCUUCAUCAGUCUGAGAUAAUGGUUGUAAUAACAAAUGGGCCAUAUAUUAACGUGAAUAUUCUUGUAUUUAACAGUGGUUUCAUUCCUUUGGAGUAUGAUGGUUGUAGAUUUUAUAUUUUUUCCUUAGGUUAAGUGCAGUAAGCGCUGUCGAGUUGUGGACAAACUAAAACCUUGAGCCGAGUGGCUGGCCCCAGAUUUGUGAGCUGCAGUAUCACUGGAACUUUCUCAAAAAAAAAGUGUCACUUUGGGUCUGUAGGGGAACUUUUGCAAAACGGGUCAAUAAACGGUAGUGAGAUUUCCCUGGACACCCAUGGAUAUGCUUUCAAUGAGAUAUGAAAGCAGCGUUUUAAAGCUGGCCCUGACAACUCUGUCUGAUGGAAGUCUGAAGAACCUGGAAUAACCACUGUUUGAGAAAGUGAAGAGCGCAUCUUCUCAUCGGCUAAGUGUCUUGGUUUGAGAUCUUUUCCAGUAACCUGGCACGAAAGGCAAUACAGUGUUUCCUUCAUGUCAAAUCUUUCCAUAAUAAAUUUGUUUGCAUAGGCUGCAUUUGUACAGAACAUUCACAGCAUGCCUGGGCUGCACGAACAAUACAGAACCGAUCCCUGAUAAAUCCUGUCAAGCCUUUAUAAUCUGAUGGAUCACUGUUCACUUCUCGUCAUGGCGAGACUCGUAAAGGAAGCCCAAGACAAACUCCUGCAAUUUUCCAGUGUUUAAAUUGAAGUAUUUCUGUGAAAGCUUUAGGACAGAGCAGUGUUCGGAAGAGGAUUUUCUACUUUAGUGUCUCCUCUCCUGGUGUUUCUAUAAUUGAGCUGCCCUUAUGAUCCGAUUCACAAUGUUAUACAUGGUGACUGUUAACUUCAUUCCAUUAUAUAAGUUGCAAAAGCUGCUGAUGAGUUUUGGUGGUUUUUAGUCAAGAUUUGCUUUUUACUGCAAUGCGGUGGCUUGUAAUCAUAUUGGAGAUACCGUAUGCCAACUUUUCAUUCCACCCUGUUAUUCUAAAAACUCUGCCCCUACGUUGAUUUGUCUUUGUUAAUGAAAAGUGUGCGAGAGACAAAAUUUUGUACGAUAUUCGGUGUGUGUAUGGUGGGAAAAGAGCCGACCGAUAUCAGCAGAAGACUUGGAUAUCGGUCGGCUCUGCGAUCGGGCUGGACGGAAAAUUUUGAUUGGGUGCCUUUGAAGGCACCCAAACAUCGUCCAUUGUUAGUGCUGAAUCAUCAGAUACAGGUAUAAUUCUAUUGUUUCUACCUACUGUAUAUAUCUGAUGACUCGGCUCUACAUGUGUGUAUUGAAACUAACGAAGAAAGAUCGUAAUGUACGUCUAUGGCCACCUUUAAGGCAUACCAGUGGUUUUCAGUCUUAAAAGUUCCUUUGCUAUGUGUUAACUUUGGUUGUACUGUGUGCGACAAGCUCCUGGCCCUGUUGGGGAAUUUGGGGAGUAAAACUUUUCUUAUCUCUAUAUUAGCACUUUCCUUUUUAAUGACUUCUACUGCUCAAAAGGUUAAAUCCCUGGAAUUGUCAGGGCAGACUUGUUUAAGUCUUUUUAAGACUUUAUAUCAACACAAAAACCUCCUGACUUGUGCUGUCUACAUUUAUCCAAUCUGAUUAUCAGUCUCAUUGAUUCAAACUGGAUUGUUUCACUUAUAAAGAAUUGGGCCUGUAUAUUAUUUGUUGGAUGUGACAUCUGUGUGACCGAUAUCUACACGCAGUCAUUUCAGUGAUGUGCAAUAUUGACUGUUUCCUCUGCUUGUCACUCACACCCCGAGGAACAUAGUGAUCCCUAGGCAUCGGCCUUUACUUGAAGGACAAAUACCAUACAGAUGCAGUCCCAGUCAUAUUUGCCUAUUUCUCUCCAGUUGUAUAUCUGUCAACAUUUCUUUCAGAAAACCCUUUAUGUAUGUGAAAUCAUUCCGACAUUAAUUGCCUUAUCUCUCUCUUCUUUAAUUGUGAAUAGUAAAAGCGAGAAAAAAAAAUCAGUUUUUUAAUGAAUAAAUUUUGAGUGUGA